AAGUAUCUUUUAUUUUUUACAUUACCGAUUGGCAUUACAUGUCUUUCUGGAAGGAUCUGUAACACUCUUAAAGGUCUAAAGCUAAAGGGAACACUCAAAUAAAAUCACAUUAUUUUUUCUGUAGAUUAUUUUUUAAUCUUUGGUCUAAGAAAAAAAAAAGGCGAACAAAUUAGUUUUUGUAUUGAAAAGAGACAGACAAAAUAUGGACGAUUCACCGAUAUGUACCAAACGUAUCAAACUAGCAGACCCAGCAGACAAAGCUGAAGACAGAGCAACGGAUGUACAAUCUCAAGACGAGAGUGAUGGCAAGUCUGUUGUAUUUAAGCAGCACCCAGCUUUAGAAGACCAAGGUAAACAUGAAAUUGAAGUCCUAGACAAGGAUUACGAGUCUGCCAUAUCAUGGAAGACAUGCACUAAAAAUCCUGGACACUUUGAUUUCAUCCCAACUGCAAAAUUUUCACAGGAAAACUUACCGGAGAAAUUUAGAGACGAGGAUAUCUACCAGUUUAUCAAGUCCUGGGCCUUGCUGACCGUCAGGUUGGUCACUACAUUCGUCAGCAGAGAUCGUACUGAGAAAUCUCCCUUCUUUAGUAGUAGAGGCACAUAUUUCCCGAGAACAGGUACUGGUAAAGUCACUGAUGUCUACCACUUUGAUGAUGAAGACACACCUUGCCCUUGCCAGGAAUGUGCCAGUUCCAAAACUCCUGCAAAGAUCUGGAAAGCGAUUUGGAUUAUGACAGCGAUGCACGUUGUGUUUGACGACACAGAAGUAGAGAGCACCACUGUUGAUUUCUUCUAUGAGGACGAAGAGUCCAAAAGCGACAUUGUCAAGCUGAAAGGUCUCCGAGUAGUGGACUUUAAUCUUGAUGGCGACUGGUGCAAGUUUGAAUGCGCCACCCACGACUUGGACUUCGCCCAAAGAAUCGAAGACGCGCUGAGCCCCAUGAUGGACCUCGGGGAGAAGAUUCAAGAAAAGUUUGAAGACGACGACGACCUGAACAUGGCCGUCAUAGCGUCCCACCCUCACGGCUGUGCCAAGUGUAUCACAGUGGGAAAGUGGAGCGACGUCCGGAAGUUUGAGAAGAAAAACGACAAUGUCCGGUGGACGACCUACAGCUACACGACAGCCACUUGCAAGGGGAGCAGUGGGGCGCCAGUCUGGAUCUUGGGAACGGAUAGACGCCACAUGUAUGCCUAUUACAGCCAUGUGCACAGCGAGGGGGGAGAUCCAACUACAGGAGAGCCCAAUAAAAGUGGAGCGGGCGAUGUACUAAAAACUUGGGAAAUCUAGAAAUUAUCUUUAAGAUUUUCUUGGCAAUCAUCAAGGUGGUCAUUCUAUGUGUUUUGCUAUUAUUAGCUCGUUGUCCACAAAGAAUUGUUCACAAAAUCUUUACGAGUUGAUGUUUUAUUAUUAUGUCUUAUUAAUUCAUGCAUUUUUCUCUAAUAUUAUUCUAUAUGUCAUUAAUUUGUACACCAAAUCCUGUGUAUGCUCUGUGUUUGUGUGCACGAAAAAAAAUGUGUGUUUUGUUUACUAGUGUACUGCAAAGUUUUCAUUAAACUAGGUGCCUAUUUU